UUUUUUAAAUUCUGUUGACAUAACUUGCUGCACAACAAGACUGAGGGGCCCCAGUAGAUUCAGGGUCAGAUCUCAGGGCCAGCGAUGGAAAGAUUUGAAUACGGGCGCUGUGUGGACGGAGUGAGAGAGAGCCAGCACAUCGACUACCGAGGAGUUGUAGGGGACACACAGCCUUCGUAUACGAGUGCUCCGCUAAAGGAAGGGGAUCGCUGCAUCCAGAGCAUUUCACAUGUCCAUAGACACGAAACAGCAGCCCAGCGGUACAACGCCAUACGGACUCAAGCGGGUUUUUCUCCAGAAAACAUGGCGGAUUAUUUAAUCAGUGGUGGUACGGGCUACAUCCCAGAUGACGGACUGUCGGCACAGCAGCUCUUUUCAGUUGGCGACGGCCUUACGUACAACAGAUCUGACCAACAGUGUGUUGUCUCGGAUGGCCAUACGGCUGAAGAGCUAUGCUCUAAAGGAGAUGGGUUGACUUUCAAUGACUUCCUGAUUUUGCCUGGCUUCAUUGACUUUACCUCUGAUGAAGUGGACCUGACAUCGGCGCUCACCAAGAAGAUCACCCUGAAAACGCCUCUCAUCUCAUCACCCAUGGACACCGUCACAGAAUCGGCCAUGGCAAUUGCUAUGGCGCUAAUGGGAGGAAUGGGGUUCAUUCAUCACAACUGCACACCUGAAUUCCAGGCCAAUGAGGUCCGGAAGGUCAAGCAUAUGAGGUUCGAACAGGGCUUCAUCACAGACCCGCUCGUAAUGAGUCCGUGUCACACGAUUGGAGAUGUGUUCGAGGCCAAAGUAAGACACGGUUUCUCUGGAAUUCCCAUCACGGAGACGGGAAAAAUGGGCAGCAAGCUGGUUGGGAUCGUCACCUCCAGAGACAUUGACUUCCUCUCUGAGAAAGACCACGGCAAACCCCUGGAGGAGGCUAUGACGAAAAGAGAGGACUUGGUGGUAGCUCCGGCUGGCGUCACGCUCAAAGAAGCCAAUGAUAUUUUACAGAGGAGCAAAAAAGGCAAGCUUCCCAUUGUGAAUGAUCGUGACGAGCUGGUGGCCAUUAUCGCCAGGACAGAUCUGAAGAAGAACAGAGACUACCCUCUAGCAUCAAAAGAUCCACGCAAACAGCUCCUCUGUGGUGCCGCCAUCGGCACCCGUGAGGAUGACAAAUACAGACUGGACCUACUGGUGCAGGCUGGGGUUGAUGUGGUUGUGCUGGAUUCUUCACAGGGCAACUCAGUGUAUCAGAUCAACAUGAUCAGCUACAUUAAACAAAAGCAUCCUGAACUACAAGUGGUGGGAGGAAACGUGGUCACAGCAGCCCAGGCCAAGAAUCUCAUUGAUGCCGGUGUGGAUGCUCUGAGGGUUGGGAUGGGUUGUGGCUCCAUUUGCAUCACGCAGGAAGUGAUGGCCUGUGGGCGUCCUCAGGGAACCUCUGUGUAUAAAGUAGCAGAGUACGCGAGACGUUUUGGUGUGCCGGUGAUUGCGGACGGCGGUAUCCAGACCGUGGGCCACGUGGUGAAGGCUCUGUCUCUGGGAGCAUCGACUGUUAUGAUGGGCUCCCUGCUAGCUGCGACCACCGAGGCUCCUGGAGAGUACUUCUUCUCAGACGGCGUGCGACUGAAGAAGUAUCGGGGUAUGGGAUCUCUGGAUGCGAUGGAGAAAAGCACCAGCAGCCAGAAGCGCUACUUUAGUGAGGGCGACAAGGUGAAGGUCGCUCAGGGCGUGUCGGGCUCGGUCCAGGACAAAGGCUCCAUCCAUAAGUUUGUACCGUACCUCAUAGCUGGAAUCCAACAUGGCUGCCAGGACAUCGGAGCAAAGAGCCUGUCUGUCCUCCGUUCUAUGAUGUACUCUGGGGAACUGAAGUUUGAGAAGCGAACUAUGUCCGCACAGGUUGAGGGAGGCGUUCAUGGACUACACUCUUAUGAGAAGCGACUUUACUAAACGGAACUUAAGGAAGAGUGAAGGAGAUCCAAUCUGACAGUGACCAAAUGUUUUCAAAACUUCUGCCAAAAUCCGCAACAACACCCUCUCUGCUUCCUCUGCGUUAAGCCCACUCGCUCACUUAUCACAAAACGGCGGAUUCGGAGUAGAGGACGGCAUCGUAGCAAAUGGAGAAUCUUCAAACCUGCACCGACUCUGAACACCUCAGACUUUGCUCUUAAGAAGUGGCGCAUCAGGGUUACUGUUGGACUUUAUUUUUGUUUGUUUGGUUCAUGAGUGUGCAGCCCCACACCAGGUUGGUGUGCGUGAGGCUGAUGGUCGUGUGAACUCCAGGUUGUGUGAGGUCACAGUAAAGUCGGGACGGAGUAAAGGCGUGCCGUGUUGUGUUUGUCCCGUCAGAAACGGCCGUGGCGCAGAUCAGCGGCGUCUUUUUGUGGCUCGCUUUGGGUCCCACGCCUACCAGCAAUACGCGCCGCCUGAAGCGUAACCCAUCCCCGUUCAGCAACGCACACCGACGGGUGCGGAACACAAGACAUCACGUCUCUCUUGGUGCGCCGUGCCAG